GUACUCUGUAAUACCGGAGGACUCAAUCAUAUACCAUUACGCCAUUUGCCUACCAAUGUCGAACAUUUAUCCCUGACUAAAAAUCACUUUGCUGUCAUUAAACCCGAUUCGUUUGCCGGCCUUCGUUCACUGAAGAAAUUAUCUCUCGACGGCAAUAACAUAACCAAAAUUAAGCAGUUUGCUUUCCGUGGUCUGCCUCGUCUUAAGGAGCUCUCCAUACAGUACACCCCCCUGCAGGUGGUAACGAGCUUUGCCUUUGCUGGCCUACAGAAUCUGUCCACCAUAUUGCUAAGUCACAACCAGAUUGCCAGUAUAGAGGCUUACGCAUUUGCCGGGACAUCCAAUGUCAAGCUAAUACUGCUGACCAAUAAUCCAUUGUUACGCAUUGAGAGUUUUGCCUUUUCCAGCCUGACACAAGUUGGUCAUCUUCUGCUGCCUGCUGGCAUACGAACACUUGAGCCGAAUGCCUUCUUUGGUAUGUACACAGUCGGGCUGCUCAAAUUGGCCUACAUGGACCUCGAGCAUAUCCAGCCAUUCACAUUUCGAGGUCUCUCCAAUGUGCUUCUUCUCACAAUACAGGAGUCGGAUUUGGGCACAAUCAGUGGUGAGGCAUUCGCCGGACUAACUCAGGUGGAUACACUUCAGUUGUUGAACAACAAGAUUGACAUUAUCGAGGCACUGGAUUUCAAUGACACAGCAGCCAUAAAACAUCUCAAAUUACAUGGCAAUCAUUUCCUGCAAACACCGGAAGCGGAUGACAUUUGUCUGGAUGGUGUGGACAACCUGGAGUUGGGCGACAACUACUUUCCCUGUGGUUGUCAACUGCACAAUCUGUUGGAAAGUCCCUUCGCCACCAAGACGCCAAAUGCCACACGCAGUCUUCUACAGAACAAUUACUGUAUUUCACCCAUCGAAAUGAACGGUCGCCGCAUAGGUGAUGUGCGGAUAGCGGAAAUCGCCCCAUGUCAGGAGCAUUUAAUGCAGGCUAAUUUAGGCUCUCAGGGAAGCAACCUCAAGCCUCCCGUACUGUGCCUGAGUGCAGUAAUGCUGUGGCUGAAAUUAGUUUUGGUCACCAAAUUAUAGCAGGCCGCCCUCAACAACAGUCGCUAAGUUUCUUCCAGUUUCGUUUUGAGUCGAUGCUUUGUUACUGUGA